AUGCCUCCAAAUACUAUUCAUGAAAUUGCACUUCAAGUUCAACAUGCCAUUACGAAGACUCUUUGGAGAAAGUCACCAUUGACAAAUGAUCUCCUUCAAGCUCUUGCAUUACUUUGCUUAUAUCCUACUUCUGGUCACAAAGAAGGAUUUAUGGACGCCUGGUUAUUGAGCGGGAUCUCAAUCAACCAUGGCUUGAACUCUUUCACUUUCUUGCACAAUCCACCUAAUAAGGGUGCUUUACCAGAUGAGAUUCUUCCUCAGAUGCGUCUGUGGAAUACCUUUUGUCUAACCCAUUUACACUCUGCACUUGGCUAUGGUCGUACUAUCAACGUCCACUCACAAUUUUUUGAUCAUUGCUCUCAUAUUUUGGAUCAUCCCCGAGCAACACCAGAAGAUGGAAGAAUUGUUGCAGAAAUUUCAUUGUAUCGCAUCACUCUGAAGCUUCAAAGCAGCCCCCAGCGUCUUCGGUUCGCCGAGACAGAGUAUGAGGAAAUCGAGCGCUGGAAAAUGGAUUGGGCGCAUCUUCUCUGUAUGUCGCAAUUGCCCUCCCCUCCCCCAAAUGAAGACACCUCGUAUCCACUAACACAUCCAAUAGCAAGCGAAGGUCAAUCGACCCUCGAACUCAGCAUCUGGUUCUGCCAGCUUCUCCUCCACCGAACCGCCACCCGAAUCCAAUCCGAUUCCGAUCAACUAGUCUCCGAAAUAUGCAGUAACGCCCGAUUAAUCAUUUCACGGUCCAUGCAAACCCGCUUUUCCGCUGCACCGGGCCUAAUAGACCAUGUUUAUUACAUUCUCGGUUAUGCCGCCCUCACUCUCUGCGAUUAUAAUCCAUCAGACCCACUAAUCGACCAAGUGCGAGCUUUCCUGCUCCACCUCGCUCCAAGCAGCGAUCAUCUCUCUUAUCGUAUUGCCUACAUUGUUGGCGAGGUGCAACGUCGCUACUCCGAAGCUGCAACCGCCACCGCCACCGCGGGCCAGUCUUCCCCCGGUGUCCAAGCUAUGAAGAAUUCAAUAUUCGUGCCGCAUCCCCCUCGCACAGAAAACUUAGAUCUGACUCAGCUCAUCUCUACAGCGGGUGGUAUGGAGCCCGUCGUAGAUAGCUAUGGUGUCUUUGACCAACUCAUGCCCGGUUAUGUGCCGUCUCAAACGGCGUUCUCGGCCCCUGCAAUGUUUCAGCAGCAUCCUGCGCCCGUCAUGGGUGGGGCCAUGCCCAUAAGCCUGGUGCCGAGGGCUCUUCAUGACUUCUGA